AUGAGCUCAUACAAGUCUAUUAGCACGAGCGGUCUUACAGCUCAAAAUGCGAGUUCUACGCCCGCUAAAGGCGGCAGCAUGCCAUUUAACAUGAAUGAUAAGAACCAAGUGCUGAAUUCGCCCUCGUUCCUUUCACCAGAACCCGCCCAGAAGCCGCAUAACAAGCUCACACUAAGUGGCCAACCAGUCCACAAGAUCAAGUCUUUGAAGUAUUCCCGCAGUCUCGCGAUACCUUCUCGAACCAAGAAAACGACGAAAAAACUUUCACACAAGAUCAAAAAGACGAAGAAGACGUUAUCUAUGGCUACACGCGUACUUGAGGACAUUUCCAACCGAAGAGAUACAGGUCAGACUUUGACGCCUCCAAGCCAUGAUCCAUCACGAAAAUUGGAAUUUCCAACUCCAGUCAAACAAAAGCCAAAAAGUCAGAAGGAGCCUGUACAAAGCAGUUGUUCUUCAUCUGCUUCUAGUAGCUCAAAUGAUCAAGAAUACUCGAGUGAUGAGGCUGAAGUGAUGUUCGAUGCGACCACAAUCGGCAACAUGAGAGUAGUACGUGAAUCUCUGUCUCAAAGUCCUGCCCUAUCUACUGCCAGCAGCGCUUUAAGCAUGGCACCUGUGGGUCUCGAGUACCACUUUUCUGUCUCAUCCACCGUUUCUUCAGUGGCUGUCGCCCCUGAUGGCUCGUUCUUGGUCGUCGGCUUUUACAAUGGAAUGGUGUAUCUCUACCCUUUAACCAAAGAUUCUCUUCUUUUCCGUCGCGGCGUCUUAUUGGACCAAAUCAUGCCUCGGGGAAUGUAUACACAAAUCAUGGUCACGGUCAUCAUUCCGGAAGAUGGCAAGUUUAUUUUUGCUGGAGUAUACCGCGGAUCGACCGAUAUUCGGGCAUUUGAAAUUGAUAGCAUCACACUCCCAUCGCCUUCGGAAGCCCUUCAGUCGACCACGUUGCGUGACGACGACGACGACACAGGCGGUUCCUUUGCGUUACCAACUGCCAAAGUCAUUGUCCACACCUACUCGGAUGCCAAGCUCAAAGGGUUUGCAGCUGCCAAAAGUGUAUAUCUAAAAGGUAGUUCAAUGACUGAGUACCGGCUACUUUGUGGUCUUGGUAUCAAGAACGUACAUAUGUGGAGAUUUUAUCAACGUCAUACGGUACCGAACGAAUGGACAUGGGAGUGCGUCUUUGACAAGCAGACAAACGGCAUUUCGCUUGAGUUGAUUGCGUUUCACCCAACAAUUGCUAAUCAAUUUCUUUCAAAAUCUGAACAUCAAAAUGUACGGAUCUGGCAAUUGGAUGAAGAUUAUGAAGCUUCCAAUAAUUCGGUUACGAUAAAGAAAAAGUCACACACGGACAUCAAACAGACGCUAGAUACUGUUGCUGUUUAUGGCGACUAUGCGUACGGCGGCAGCGAGUCGCUCGCGGUUGUGGAUCUGUACGCUUCGACUCGUAUGGAACUAGAUCUUCCAUUAUCUACACUAGAACAGCGUGCGCAGCGUGAAGCAGCACUUACGUCGAAAAAUGCCUCAUCGCUUCGUGCUUGGAACCCGCGCGGCAGCCGUCGACGUGGUGCCGAAGACAUGAGCGCACAGCGUCAUAUGAGGACUGUGAGUAAAUUAGCAGGUCAAGAUUCUGCCCCAUUUACUGUCGGCAUGUGCAGUGACGGUAGCGUCUUUUUUCAUUCGCCCAAGCCUGAAAUGGGUCUUGCGACGCCUUUGGAAUACAUUGAAGGUUACGAACAGUUCUUUGUAGACCCGUCGCUUGAUUUCCAAGCACAAUUCUCGGAUCUUACACGAGUGAAUACAAGCGGGUUACUUGCAGUGCUGCCUCUUUCAACGUCAGAAAAGGAAAAUUGGAUGAUUGUAGCUGCCAACCAAGAACAGCUGGUCGUACGUAGCUUGAACGCCUUCUUGCACUGCAGCCAACACAGAAAAGAGUAUUCGCAAAUUACGAGCAGCUUGAAGAAUGUGAUGCGAGAUUUAGGCGGAGAAGAUAGUUCUGGCGGCAAAAACGAUACGGACAAGAGUGCGAUAAAAGACACGCCUGUGCGCCAGAAAAAGACAGAUCGAAUGACAAGUAAACGCGAGCGAUCGGAUGCAUCCUGUACAGAACAGGAAUCAGAACGCAAGCGUAGUCGUCACGAGAAGAUUAAGUAUGUGAAAAGGUCCGAAAAGGUUGACGAGUUGAAAACGUUGGUGUCUAAGAAAGUGAGUAACUCUCUCGCGGCUGAUGAUAACGUACUAGCAUUGACGACUCCGAUGCGCCGUACGCUAUCUACGAGCACAGCAUCACCCGUCGUGUCAAUUUCGUCUUCUUCUGGCUCAUCGAACCCCACGACGCCCAUUCAUUCGCUUUUGUCUCAAGUUGACACUCAUUUGUUGGCAUUGAAGGAACUGCGGUGGACACCGCCAACUACGAUCAAGCAGGAAAGUGUCACGACAGUUAUGACUCAAAUUAGCGCGAUCAGAGACGAGACGCAAAGCGAACGGAAAGAGAAUAGGAUGAAAGCUCAGGCCCUCUUUACUGACACUGACGACGGUGUGGUGAAGGAGCAUCGCGACAAUGAAUGUCAAAGUCCGAAAUCGGAAGACGUGGCUGAGGUCGAGCCUUCUGUGACAAAGCAAGCAGAACCUGCAGAGGAAGAUGAUGUCGAGCUUGACAAACAAUUGAAACAGUUAGAACAGUACGAACCUGAAAUUCAUUCUGUGCCGUUCGUCAGCGACCAAGGCUCACUUUUGGCGGCCACCAUGUAUCAGUACGUCCCGCUCACAACAAACAGUGUGGACGUAACGAUGUCUAACGCCGAGAACGGUGAUGCGCACGGUGAUGUGAUUGAGCAGACGAAUUUAUUGUUGCAAUUUGCACACCAAAAUGAGCGACUGAAAAUGAAUUUUUUGAAUGACCGGGAUCGUGUCUACAAGCGUCCGGACUGUGGCUGUGUGCUGCACGCCAAAAGAGGAUCGACCAGCGCUAUCAACUGGCGUCGUCGUGUCGUAAACAAUUAUCUGAAGCGUAAGCAGCUUGACAGGCGACACAAGAAACAGCUUGCAUCAAAGCUUCAGCAGCUCCAUGCCCGCUACGCCAUUCAGAUCCAAGAGCUCUAUGCAACGCAGCAAAUGCAGGCUAAUGCUUUGCGCGCACGUCAGCAAUUUCGACAUAUGCAUCGGCAGCUGUGUAACAAAGUGUUGCCGACCGUUGCGUCUCCCGUCAAUGUUUCUGCUGUGCCUGACCACCUUACAGAGGCAAAAUUUCCAUAUCCCAAUCUCUUAUCAUAG